AUGGCUUCAUCCCUACAACCUCAUGAAGAAGUGGCCAUCAAAGCACAGGCUGAAGUCCACGAAGCAAUUCCCGCUCUUUGGAGACUUUCUCCAGAAUUCCUGUCUAAAUUGCCGGACAAUGCCAAUGUCAUUGAUAUUCCCAGGACUUGCGGGAUCCUAACUCCUGAUCAAAUAACCAUCACCGAGUUAAAGCUCACUGAAUUGGUAGCGAAACUUGCUUCUGGUAAUUUGACGAGUCUGCAAGUCACCGAAGCAUUUUGUAAAAGAGCGGCGAUUGCACACCAGCUUACAAAUUGUUUGAUGUCCUUCUUCCCCGAGGAAGGGCUAAAGACUGCAAAACUCUUGGACGAGCAUUUCGCAAAGACAGGGAAAGUGGUGGGACCGCUUCAUGGCGUCCCUAUCUGUAUCAAGGAUAUGUAUGAUGUUAAAGGUCAGCGGUGUACUUUGGGAUUCACGUCAUGGUUAGACGUGUUGGCCGAGGAUGAUUCGUCACUAGUCAAGAUCCUCCGUAGCUCUGGAGCAGUAUUCUUUGCAAAGACUACUAUGCCACAAGCUGGUAUGAUGCUAGAAACACGAAGCAAACUCUGGGGUGUAACUCUUAAUCCUUUCAAUCGCAAGAUGGUCGCGGGUGGCUCAUCUGGUGGCGAUGGCGUUAUGCUUGCGAUGAAAGGUAGCCCAGUUGCUCCCAGCUCAGACAUCGGUGGCUCAAUCCGUUCUCCAGCAGCGUUCAAUGGGCUGUACUCAAUCAAACCAAGCUCCGACCGUGUCACCAAAAGUGGACUCAGGAGCGCAGCUCCGGGGAACGCUUCCAUUAGAGUUUCAUGUGGGCCAGUUGCCCACUCGGUGGAUGAUCUGAAAAUGUUUACUAAAAUCAUCAACGCCUAUGGGAAUCUCUCGCAGUUUGACCCUAACACAGUUCCCAUUCCUUGGAAGGAAGUGGCGGUACCAACAGAGAAGCUCUGCUUCGCAUUGUGGGAUUUUGACGGCGUCUGUAUGCCACACCCUCCAGUUUUGCGUGCCCUGAAAGAGACUAAGGAGAAUCUCAUCAAGGCUGGCCAUGAAGGUGAGCAUAACAAAACCAACCCCAAUCCAGUGUCUAACUCAUAUCCAGUUAUCUCAGUCAAACUGCCGCUUGACUGCUGGGACGUGGCGCAGACAACUUGGAAACUGUACUUCCAAACUGGGUUCAAGGAAGGAGCAGAAGCCAUUAAAGCUAGCGGUGAGGAGAUGGAAACUGCAAUGCAGUUCUACUUGGAGAGUUACAAGGUCAAAUCUUUAUCUAUUUGGGAAUUAUUCCAGUGCAACGUCCAACAAGGAACCGCUAAGGCGAAGAUGGCUCAAUGGUGGAGUUCUUCGGUGUCCAUGACAAAAACAGGGCGUCCAUUCGAUGGCAUAAUUUGCCCUGUACACCCCUCGGCCGGAUUUCCACACAACUUCCCCUCUUGGUGGGGGUAUACCUCCCUGUGGAAUAUUCUCGAUUAUCCAGCAGUCACUCUUCCUCUGAAAGAUUUCAAAAUCUCACCGGAAUCAGAUCCAAAAGAUAUUUCCUACAAGCCGCUUGCCAACCCCUUUGACAAGAAGACCUAUGAUAUGUAUGAUCCUGAACUGUUUUCGGCUCAGCCAAUGGUGCUACAGGUUAUCGGUCGGCCCUACCAGGACGAGGACCUGCUUGCUAUUACAUCCGCUAUUGAUUUUGUCUUAAAUUAA